CCAACCCCAACUUUGGACAGACUGACUACCCAAAGAGUUAAACGGAAGAAAUAUUGCAUUCAGCCUACUUGCACUUUGUCAAGAAGUCAUUUGAUGACUGACUGCUAUCAGGUUCAUACAAGAGUUCAAAACUCCAUUAUUGGCUCACGUCAGUUCAUUAGGCUGUGUGCCACUCUUCCACAGAAACUGCUGUAAGCUGCUUACAGCACUCACAUGUGGCACCUGGGCUUCCACCAAAAAGAAUGUCUUCGUAUCUUCUAAGGAAAUCAAUUCUUUCUUCGGCUCCCUGACUGGGAUCACUAUACAUAUCACAACUGUAAUGGAUUGGAGGUUUGCAGUUUUGAUCUUCACGAUUGAAAGAAGGUGGCCUGGAGUGACAGUCGAAACUACUCCACUUCCAUCUACACCCAAAGAAUCAGGCAGAUAAUAGCGAACCAUGAUCCCAAAGAAUCUAUAUUUAUCUAUCUGGCUUUUCAAGCUGUUCACACCCCACUUCAGAUGCCUAAAGAAUGUAUCAGUAAAUACAACUCACUAAGCAACCUCGCUAGGAGGAAAUAUGCAGCCAUGGUAACCUGCUUGGAUGAUGCUGUAAAGGAUAUAAUUGCAGCUCUGCGGACACGUGGUUGUUACAACACUGUGUUGAUCUACUCCUCCGAUAAUGUGGAGCCCUUUAACAACAGCAGUAACUGACCCUUCAGGAGAAGAAAGGGCGCAUAUUGGGAAUGUGGAAUUAGAGGUUUGAGCUUUGUCCACAUUCAAACACAAAGGAAAAUCAGCCAAGCUCUGAUACAAACUGAUUGGUGCCUUACCCUGGUAUCACUGGCUAAGGGCUCUCUGGAGCCAACUGAUGGCUACAACAUGUGGGAUGCCAUUGGUCAAGGCAAGGCAAGCUCUCGCCAUAAAAUAAAUAAUUUUUAUUAUUAAUCUAUUAUCAAAAAACUUCCCCCGGGGCUUGAAAAGGGAAGGAUUUGUCUCCGGGACACUGGAAUCCAGACUCCGAUUAGAGUAAGAAGCUGGAAACUUUUAACAGGAGACCCAGGGACAGUGACUGUGACAGAAUUUCCAAACAUUUCUGGAAACCCAGGAAAGUGGUGGAAUUCAUAUAAAAAAAAAGCCUUAUGGCUUUUCAAUGUGUCUUCAGAUCUUUUAGAACAAUAUAAUCUUUCCAGCCGAUUCCUCAAAAUAGUGAGAGAAUUGUAAAAGAAACUCUCUCAGUGUAAUAAAACUGCAAUCCCAGUGUAUUAUCCACCAGAUGAUCCAAGGGCCAAUCCAGAACUCAAUGGAGGCGUGUGGACAAUGAAAAGUCUUCUCCUCAAGAGAAGGAAAAAUUGA